AUGUAAAGAAUACACCCAGAAUAGGAAAUGAAAGGUUUAAAGAUAGUAAAAUCUGCUACAACCAAUAUAUCAUCUAGAACCUUAUAAAAUAGAAAAGCUGUUGAUUUAGUAUUUGAUGAUAUCUAUUACACAGUUCAGAAUGGAAAAUGUAUAUAUAUUGAAUAUAAAAUUAGCUGAAAGAGUGAUUUUAGAUCAUGUAUCUGGAAUAUGCCCAGGAGGAUAAACUACAGCAAUAUUAGGGAGUUCUGGAGCUGGAAAAACGUCACUCUUAAAUGUUUUAGCCUGCAGAAUAAUAAACAAUAAGCAUUGUAAGUUGACAGGUGAAUUGUAUGCAAAUCAGGAUAAAUAUAAUUAUGACAAGUUUAGUGAGUUUGCAUCUUAUGUAAUGUAAAAUGAUGUUCUAUUGGAAACUAUGACUCCAAAAGAAGCCUUUACUUUUGUAUCUAGUUUGAAAUACAAUGAUGAAGAAACAAAAAAAUUGAGAGUAGAUGAAACAAUAAAGAGUAUGAGAUUAGAGAAAUGUUAGAAUAGUAGAGUAGGAGGGGCAAUGGUAAAAGGAAUCAGUGGAGGAGAAAGAAAAAGAACAUCUAUUGGUUAUGAAUUAGUUUCAAAUCCUAGUGUUAUUCUUUUGGAUGAACCUACUUCUGGUUUAGAUUCAUUUACUGCAUUUUAAAUUAUGUAUAUAAUUUUAAUUGAUAAUUUAGACAUUAAUUAAAAUUACUUGCCAAAGAUUAGGACAAAACAAUAAUUUUUACAAUCCAUUAACCUAGUUCAGAUAUAUUUUUAUUGUUUGAUAGAAUUAUGUUAUUAGUUUAGGGUAGACUAAUUUAUUAAGGAGAUAGAGGUAAAAUUAUUAGUUAUUUCAAAUCUUUUGGAUUUGAAUGUCCUACUCAUUCUAAUCCUAUGGAUUAUUUAAUAUCUAUUACUCAUAGUGAAGAUCCAAAGAAUGUAGAGGCAUAUCCUCUUUAUUAUUAGAAUUAUGAAUUGUAAUUGGCAAGUGAAAUUAGAUAAGAAAUUAAUAAUCGCAAUCAAUCAAGCAUAGUAUAUAAAUCGAUUGAAACUACAAUAUCUUAUUAGAUAGGAUUGUUAACAAAAAGAUGUUUUGUGAAUUUUAGUAGAGAUGAUAUGUAAAUGAAAGCUAGAAUAGGAUCAGCAAUAUUUUAAGGAUUAUUACAUGGAGGAGUAUUUUGGGAAGCUGCAAAGGAUUCAGAGACAAUUUCUGAUGUUAGAAACAUUGCAGGAUCAUUAUAUUUCCUAUGUGUUAAUUUUGCUAUAGGAAGUAUGAUGUAAGUAGUACUAGGUUUUGCUGUUGAAAGAGAAGUAUUUUUAAGAGAAGAAAAUUCUAAAUUAUAUUCAGCAUUAUCAUAUUUUAUAGGAAAAUAAUUUGUAGAAGUCCCAUUUUGUAUACUUUAACCUUUGAUUUUAUAAAUCAUAUCUUAUUGGAUGAUAAGCUAUAAUGAUUAUGAUGUCUCAAUAGUCAUAAUCAAUUUUUUUAUAUGUAUUUUACUUUGUAUUUGUGCAAAUUCUUUGGGUUUGAUGGCUGGUUGUGCAUUUAGGGAUAUUAAAUUAGCAUUGACAGCUGUUCCUAUUAUUAUGAUGCCAGUAAUAUUAUUAUCUGGUUAUAUGGCAAAUUCUAAGAAUUUUCCAGUAUGGUUUGGAUGGUUACAAUAUUUGAGUCCAGUAAGGUAUGCUUAUGAGGCAAUUUCAUUAAAUGAAUUCACUCAUCGUAGUUUCUAAAUUGAUCCAACAGAUUUAUAUGAUUUUCAUAUAGGAAUGUGGAAUUGUAUUUAUAUACUAAUUGGAUUUAUUGUUGGAUUUAGAGUUUUUGCAUAUUUCUUUUUAAAAGGAUUGAGAGAAAGACUAUAAUGA